CUGAUGGAGUCUUCAUGAAAUCGCUGUCUUAGUCAAAAUCAUUCAAAAUAUUCCAUCGAAGCGUUCAACCAGCCUCACUUCGCCAUAGGAAUUAAAGCAAAAAGCUUAUAAACGUCARCACCUUAUCUAGCUAUUGGACCCUUUGGCAUAAUAGGAAGCCAUUAGUCCAAGCUUCUGGCAAUAUCUUUAAGUUAUUAAGAGCCUAGCCAGUGGAACAAAAGUGAGUUCGCGAAAACAUUUAGUGCUUGCUGGAAUCGGAAAGAGAUCGAAGUGAAAAGAUCGAUUGAAAGCGAAGACAGCUGUUCGAUGAGAAUUAACUAAUUCACAGCUUGGAUAUUGUGCGGUAUAUGAAUCAACAAUGUCGAAAUCAAAGCUAAAGUGCCCUUCCAGCUAGAAAAGCUAAAGCAUUCGUCGAGUCCAAAGGGCUAUAACUAGGCGCAGAUGAAGACAGCUCAGGGAUAAAGGCUGGAACGKUAUAUCUUUGUAUCGAGCAGCAAGACAAUUCUUAAUCUCAAGACACAUUACGAACAAGAACCAAUUAAUGUGGUUCGAUAUAAUUUAAAAAGACUUCGUUUUGAAAGCAAUCAAAUUAUGUCCAAUAACUCCAGUAUCACGUCAGGCCCACCAUACAUGCCCCAAUUCAGCAAAUCGUUUAGCAUACCAUCUUUCAUAUUUCUCUUCUUCAUAUUCGUCAUGACAUUAUCUGGUAAUAUCCUAGUUAUCCUKGCUUUCAAAAGCUACCGUAAAUUACGCACCAAGACAAACUACUUUGUAGUCUCACUGGCAAUUGCAGACAUUUUAGUGGCCUUYCUCUCGAUGCCUAUCUGGGGUGCAUAUCUAUUAAUAGGCCCAUACUGGAACCAAGAACUUUUGACCAAGUUCUGGACAUGGGUAGACAUUCUAUGCGGCGUGGCGUCCAUCAUUAACCUGGCUUCAAUCAGCAUUGAACGAUGCAUUUGCAUUACGCGACCGCUGACCUAUCACUCGUUCAUGACCUCAAGGAGAGCGAUAUACAUCAUUUUGGCUAACUGGGCGUGGGCACUUAUAAUUUCAUCAAUAAAGUUAUUCUAUUACGAAUGGCCACGCCCUAACUAUGAAUUGCUCAUUACCAUAUCCUGUUUUUUCCUACCACUGGGCAUAAUGUGCUUUAGUUACCGUCUCAUUUUCAAAGCAGCCAGGUACCAAGCACGUCAAAUUGCACUGGUUGUCAAGGGUAACGUCAAGAACUUUUUACUCUCAACCGAGGUGCGCGCGGCCAAGACUUUGGGCGUGGUCAUGGGUACAUUUAUCAUCAGUUGGGGACCYUUUUUCAUCAUGAACUUAGUGCACGGUUUUUGUAAAGAUAAAUCAUGUGUAAGUCAUGAAGCGAUCAUGGUCGCCAAAUGGAUGCAUUAUAGCAAUUCCUUCUACAACCCUAUAGUGUACGCAUGUAUGAACAGGGAGUUCCGGUCAGCCUUUGCCAAUAUCUUAUUUCGRGGAAAAGCUUGUAGAGAUAGCUCGAACGGAAGUACUUCAAGUAGACGAGGCACUUUAACAGAGCUUAACUACACACUCAAUAACCAUAAGAACCAUUCAGAAGACGGCUUGUGACUGAUGCGUGACGUAUGUGCCUUACGUGACAAAUCCAUCCAACGGUGGAAUGUGUGCCUGAUGUAAAUCUACUGUGACGUAGAUGGCGUGUCAUGUGAUAGCGUGACACAACUUUCCUGGACUGCGCUUUAAAAUACGUGUCUGUCAUUAAGUUCAUUGAGUCUCAGGCUUGACGCACAUGGAAGAUACUCGCUCAAUAUGUGUAUGGUACUUGAUGUGACACUUGUGUGACAUAUSAGCUCUGGCGUGACAUAUGACUAUGACCUGACAAGCUAACAAUGAUUCUCAUAUACUAUUAUUGUCAUUUACAUGGAAGUAAAAGACUUACAAAGGUUGAUAGCUAGACCUCGAGCUAUGUUGAGAAAAGGAGAGGAAAUUAGUAUGUACAUUUCAUAAAAUGAACUGAAUUAAUGAGUUUAACGAUUUAGCGUCAUGCAAUGAAAGAUUCCCCUUUCAAAAGCAUAUGCCAAUAAUUGAACUGUCUUCGACUUUAUUACUAAACGUAAGAAAAUUAAUCUCUUUUCCGAACAGAUACUGAAAUUAUGUAGAUGAGAUAUGGGCAUGCGCAGUGUUCACACGUACAUGCAUCACAGGGAGCACAGGCUCUUCAUCAUGGUGAGAAAGGCGUAUAAACUUAACCAAAUCGGCUGAAACGUCGUCAGGCAAUUUUUGCAUACAUCAAUAGCAGGAUGUAGGAGGUUUGUGCUAUUUCGUUUCAAUUCAAGUGAGAAACUCACGAUUCAAUAACAUCAUAGAAAAUCCGGUAAAAAUAACAGUAAAAUAUACAGGGGAAGGGAGGGGCGGGGUGAUUACAUAAGAACCACUGAUAAAGAGCCUGUGCUCCCUGUGUAUGUACGGCGGAUAUCUGUGAAGCUGCAUAAUAAGUAUUUUUCCUUUAUACGAAAAUUAUCAGUUUUUUUGUGUUUCUCAAUAGGCUUUUAUUUCUAGAGACUUACAGUCUUAUCACACUAUUAUCUAAUUAGAGGAUUGGUUCAGUCAACCCUCAUCUUGAAAUUCCUGGCAAUAGCCUUGAUUCCUGGCAAUAGCCUUGAUUCUAGUGGUUUUGUAUAAUGUUAGUUCUCACAAAUUACGCGGUUUCGAAAGUGUCCGUCGACUACGUGUAAACGUCUGCUUAAUGUGAUGUGCAUCAUGUGAAUUUAACAAGUCGCAAUUAACCUUGCUUUGCGCUUGCCGGCACCAAACAUUAGACAUUAGUUAGAAGAUAUAGUAGAAUACAAGCAGAAAACCUUGUGAGAAAUAGAGGUUAGAUUAGAUAUAGAAAACAAAGUAAUUAACAUAAUUCAGAACAAUUUAGUAAUUGCUUCAUGUGACCGAUAUCGACGUGUCUGCUGGAGCAAGUGAAAGAAAGGUGCAURACAGAAAAAAAGUGCUGCUAGGGAUACAACAUCACAGAAUCCUAUUUUAGUCAUCUGUAGAGCGUUCCUUAGGCAAUUCCUGUGUCUGUAGGCGGUCAGAUUGAUAAUUUUAUACAACUGAAUUAUCAUUACCGCUACCACACGGCCGAGAAAGAAUGAGGCGAGGGAGUACAACUCUCCCUCUUCCUCUCCUUGCCCCUUCCCAGUCCCCMAUAAAAAUCCCUUAGUUUCCAUCCAGGCUCAACACCUUCCGAUACACAGGAAUCCCAUGAGAACAGGAAUUGCCUGACGACUGAGUGGUUGCAUUAACAGCUACAGUUUUUAUUUAAAAUAAUUAAAAGAUGUUUCAUAUACAACAAGGUACAUUUUAACUCGAUUGACUGAGAAAAAUACUUAGGGACUUUUGAAAACAAUUCAUGUAUCACAGAGAUUCGUUCUCUAUUCUAUUUUGGUAGAGUUUAUUGUUCUUAAUGAUUGAAAAACUCAGCAAAGGAAGGAAGGGUGUCUGGCAGACUAGUCUUAUCUCAUGUAAUAUUGUGUUAUUAUGAUAAGAUGAAUAAAUCAAAUUCAAUCUGA